AUGAACUUAUCAGCGAAUGAAAUUCGGUUGCUUCACCUAGAGCACCAUCUACCGGGGAAAGUCCCUCUUUGCACGAUAUCCUUCGAGCGGGUGUGCUUGGACAAUGCCAAUUUGCCGCCAUUUGUCGCUCUCUCGUAUACAUGGGGUGAUAUAAACGACAUGCUGCCAAUAGUCGUUUCCGGCAAAAAGAUUUCAGUAACCCAGAACUUGCAUCACGUACUGCAAAGUCUUGCCCGGUCCAAAUUCGACCAAUUACUUUGGGUGGAUGCAUUGUGCAUCAACCAGGAAGAUCAGCACGAGCGUGCUGCCCAGGUAGCUCUGAUGGGAGAUAUAUAUUCGCGUGCGAUAUAUGUACUUGCAUUCUUAUCUACUGAGUCAGAGCGUUUCCACUUGGGUUUAGACUUCAUUGAGAAAUCUGCUAGUAAUCCCGAAUUACACUUCGAUCCAGCCCAAACACCUCAUGUCACGGUGCGAGGCCUCAACAUUAACAAUAAGGGCGUACGAGAUUCUUUUAUCGCCUUCUUUGGGGUCUCGUGGUGGACGAGAGUGUGGACCGUGCAGGAAUUCAUAUUGGCUCGAGAAGUCAGAUUCCAUUGCGGAGAACGUUGGAUCGAUGCAAGAGCAGUCCAACAAAGCAUAAAUACUUGGAUGAGUCAUGAAAGAGGAUGUUGCUUUGCUGCCGGAAGGAGUCCAGGCGGGGACUCUUAUGAAUAUAUCGAGAUUCCUAGUGAAAGCAACGGCGGCUUAACAAUGCUCGCUGCUGCCUCGCGAAUGAAAGAUUUAAUGGAUAUCAGUGGACUCGGAACCGUCAAAUCUACAAGCUUUCUAUUAGCCAUGAGUCUCUUUCGAAAACGAAAUUGCUCAGACCCUCUUGACAGGGUGUUUGGCCUGCUGGGCCUGCAUGUUCCCGGUUCUGAUAUCAAAGAUGCUUUAACCGUCGACUAUUCCAUUCAAGUGGGCCGCCUAUAUCGAAAUUUAGCCAAAGCUUUGAUCGAAAAUUCUCAAACGUUGGAUGUACUGAGCUAUGUGCUACAUAGGCCAGACGUUCAGACCCGGACCCAGGGCCUACCAAGUUGGGUCCCGGAUUGGGACGCGAUAAUGGACGACAAUUAUCAUCUAAUGUCCUCUGAGCGAAUACACAAGACGCUUCAUCUAGAUGCUUCGAUAAAUUCAAAGCUAGAGUGGAGAGUUGACGACUUAUUAGGUUCUGUCAUCACUCGUGGCUUGCGAAUUGCCAUGGUCGAGGCGAUUGCCCCUGGCUACCCAGCUGACGCCCCCGGCGCAACACUUCGAGGGAAGCCACUCAUUGCGGCAUGGCGUCAGCUAGCUGGACUCGAAGGAAGUUCACACAUGACGCUCAUGGGCGUAGAUCGAGAAGAGCGAGAGAAAGCUUUUCAGAACGUGAUCUGUGGAGGUUUUGUUGGCCAUACGAACUCAUACAACAUAUCAGAUGCUUAUCCGCAAUGGCUUGAGUGGUUCUCACAUGCAACGCGGCAAAAUCUUUCUACGAGGGGCAGGGAAAUAACACGAAGUUUCAAUGGAUCUGUGAGGAUGACGACCCUUGGAAGAAGGUUUAUCCGCACAGGUGAUGGACAUAUGGGCUUUGGACCCGAGACAGCACAAGUUGGCGACGUCGUUUUCUUUCUACCGGGAGGAAAGGUACUGUAUAUUCUGAGAGAGGUAAGUUCAUCUUGUAAAAGCGUGAUGAGAUAUGAGUUCAUAGGUGAUGUGACCCUCGAAGGAGUAAAGGUUGAUGAAAUAACCGAGACUGAGUCACUAGGCUUUGAAGAGAUAGUGAUUGUUUGA